AAAUGGCUUUUCGGGAAUUUACACAUUUUCCAGGACCCAGACCAAGACCCAGAGCAAGUAAACAAAGGUGACCUGUUGCCCCCUCACUGCCACGGCCUGGACCUGUGGUAGAGAUGAGGCACCACCAUGAUGCUUCUCACUAUCCUCCUGUCCACCACACUGCUCCACCACACCCUUAGCACCACGCCCUCCACCACCACCACCACCCACCACCCACUCACUAACCAGAACGUAACACAGAUACUCACAGACACCACACCACACCACAGUCAUACACCACACACCACCACCAUCACCACCACAUCACAGAAGACACACAGCAAGGACAGCAUCAGAAAACGCAACAUAGCACAGCAUGAACAGAACAGCACAGUGGAGGAUGGAGGAGGAAGAGGAGCCAGGAGGAGGAGAGGGAGGAGAAGGAAGGGGAAGGAAAUGAGACAAAGAGGAAGACGAAGAAUCAAGGAUCUUUCGUUAUGGCUUGACCAGAACCAGGUCAAGAUGUUUAGUGGCUACCUAAUGGAGAUCUUUGUCAUCCACAACGGACGCAUUCUCCCCUACAUCCUCGACCCAAACUUUGAGAAGCAGCUGCCUGUUAUUCCUGCCCAGGUAGAGAAUGUGAACUUUACCUGGUGUGCGGGUAACAAGAAAUAUGAGUAUACCUUUGAUCAGCUGCAGUCCCAAGAGGAGGAGCUGCUGCAGGUGCCCACUCUGUCCAUCGCCCCCCACGGCACUGUGCCACGCAAGCCUCGAGUGUUCUCAGUGGACAUGCGGUGUACGGGAAACAUCUCCGGCAUAGCCUCCUUCAGUAUCGGACUGCUGAUCCACACCCCAAAGAAGGAGCUGCUGUCGGGGAUGCCUCUGCGACUCAGGCUAAGGAAGGAGUGUCGACAGCAGGGCCCAGAUCCGGAGUGCGACCAGAAGUGCCAGAAUGGAGGCGUGUGUGAUGCCAGCCAGCAGUGCCAGUGUUCGGAGGGCUACAUGGGGCAGUACUGUGACAUGGCACUCUGCUACCCACAGUGCCUCAACGGGGGCUCCUGCACUACCCCUGGCCGCUGCUCCUGUCCUCCAGGGUUCCAGGGGCGCCACUGUGAGGGAGGCAUCUGUCAGAUCAAGUGCAAGAAUGGAGGCAAGUGUAUUCAGAAGGACAGGUGCAAGUGUCGUCGGGGAUUUUUCGGAAACUGGUGCCAGUACAGCCAGUGUUUCGUGGCGUGCAUCAACGGGGGGAAGUGCCGGGGGGUGAACAAGUGCCGGUGCCCUGUGGGAUACGCCGGGGACCACUGCGAGGUUGUGCUGCCCCAGGGGGAGGCUGCCGCGCUGGCCCCCCACCGCUGCCGCCGCCGCUGCCGCCACGGGACCUGCCACGGGGCGGAGUGUCAGUGUCACCAGGGCUACUCCGGGAGGUGGUGCCGCAGACGGACAGGAAGAGGAGGAGGAAGGCAGCGAGUGUGGGUGAUGGAGGAGUGGCCUGGCGGUGGCGGCGGCAGCUUGACACAGCAGCGUGCAGCUCUCAGCGUCCCCACACACCCCGCAGCACCCAGCCCAGCCAACACCUGGCCCACUAGGCCUGAGGGUGUCCAGGGCAGCCUGAACCGGGGCCAGUGGAGUCUAGCCUACCCCGGCCACUGGGACUGGAGCAACAGGCGCACUGUGUGUGGCUCCGUGACGAGAUGA